UAUUAUUAUUAUCAUCGCGGAACUCUCUCGCGCGAUCGUCGGCCAAAUCAUCUCUCGUCCGACGUCGUCGAGUGUGUAAUAAACAUUAAUGUUUGUUAUACACCGCGAUUCGAAUGGCGUCGUGCCCAGACGACUGAAUCGUAUUAUGCGUAAAUGUAUUUUAUACAACGACGAUUAUUAUCGAGCUGUGUGCACAUUGCGACCGUCGUCGUCAGGGUUCAGUCGUCGCGUGUGCGGUCGGCGGUGCAGUUCCUAAUAAACAAAUAAUAUUAAAUUCAUAGUACGCGGUUGUCGGAUUUCUUCGGCCGUUUUUCCAGACUCACACUCGGACAUAUUAUUAAUAUCAUCAUGUGUGUACCAAUAUUUUGAUUCCGUCUGCGAUUUUUCUAUUUUCAAGCAUGACCGAAAAUGUUUGCUCGUCCACUGUUGAAAUCGUCAAAAACAAUGGAUAUGCUGUUGAAGUACACAAUGUCGUCACAGAGGACGGUUACAUCCUGGAGUUGCAUCGCAUCUCGGAAAACAAAAGCGGACAUAAACCCACUAGGAACCAUCCGGUGUUCGUACAUCACGGCGUUCUGGGGAGUUCAGCCGAUUGGGUACUUGGCGGAGCUGAUAUAUCGUUACCGAUGCAACUAUCCGAUGCCGGGUACGACGUGUGGUUGGCUAACUGCCGGGGUAAUACCUACAGUAGAAAGCACUCGACGAUGACUUCCAAGCAAAGGGAAUUUUGGAAUUUUAGCUUACACGAAGUCGGAACGUUCGAUUUGCCAGCUUCGUUGGACUACAUUCUUAUGAAGACCAAUGCCCCGCAACUCCACUACGUAGGCUAUUCAAUGGGCACCUCCGUGUUUUUCAUAAUGGCUUCUGAAAGACCCGAAUACCAUCAUAAGAUUAGGUCGCAAAUCAGUCUCGCACCGGUAGCCUACUUGUUCAACACAAGAUCGUCUGUAAGACAUAUCGCUCCGUACGCGGAGAAGAUGAAUAUUAUGUAUCAAUGGGUUUCGAAUGGAAUGUUUUUACCUCAAUCGAGGAUGCAAUCAUUUUUGGUAACCAACACGUAUGGAGAAAAAAUUGCACGGACUUUGUUUUGCCAAAAAUGCAUAUCUUAUGCAGUGUCUUCCGUGUGUGGUAGUGAAACGUAUAUUUUCGACAAUACAUUAAUACCACUCGUCAUUGAACACUUUCCGGCGGGAACGUCGUCUAAACUAACCACACAUUUCUCACAGCUUAUAAUGAAAGACAGUUUUAGUCGGUACGAUUACGGGCCAAUCAUGAAUUUACAGCAUUACAAUUCUACCGAACCUCCAACGUACGACUUGAGUUCCAUACAAGUGCCAAUUGCGUUGAUAUACGGAAAAAACGACGUAUUGACGGACGUGGAGGACGUGAUGAGACUGAAAUCACAACUUCCGAAACUGAUGGACUUCGUUCCGGUCGACAGCCCUCGUUGCAAUCACGUGGACUUUUUGUGGAGUCUAGACGUGACAAAACAAGUAAACGCGAAGGUGGCGGAAAUACUGCAGAAGACCGACCACGCGGACUGGGAGUAUACAGGUCCCCCCUCGGGCUCCUGUACAGAUACCGACGGAACGGGUGGUAACGACAGUCAAACGACCAAAGAACGACAGCCAAACUCGACGAGUGACCAUAACGUAUACGUAAACUUUGCCCCGGGCCCAGAUUGCCCGGCGAUGAACUCAUCGGGCGGAACUCCGGUGCAACAGGACGAGUCAGAGCUCGUGCGAGGUCGGAAGCUGAUACAAAAAUUACAGCUGUUAGACAACUUGAUCGUGCUGUUGAAGUCCACCGAAACGAAGUACCACCGACUACGGGACGGUUUGACCAGAGAAUUUUCUGAAUGGACUCGCGGCGCCCGAAACGAGGCCGGAACUCAUCACGGCGCCGAAAUUGACGCUGUGGCGGCGGCCGGGGUGGAAGAUACCGUGGUCGGGGUAAAAACCGAACAAACCACCGCGACGUUGCGCCGCAUCGGUAUCGGAAAAGUCAGUGACUUUGUUGAUUAUUGUAACGGUCUAAACCGCAUGGACGACCGGACGGCGGCAGGACGCGCGCUUUACACCACGUUCAGUAGUCUCGGAAGAGCGAUCAGGUUCUUGAAGUUGCGUUAUAAAUAGACGGUUGUUUUCAAGGGACCCCUUUCACAAAAAUAUAUGUGUUCCAGUUUAUGUGAUUUGUUAAAAAUUAUAUGUAUUGUAAAAUGUGCACCUUUAAAUGCGUAAAUGCGUUAUACUAUACAUGAUAUAGAACUAUAGAAGUGAGCUCAUAUACGCCUUAUUUGUUUGCUAUAUUAUGUACUUUCAACCAAAGAUUUUGUUUAUUUAAUAGGUUAAAGGACUAUGCCUAGUAUCAAGUACGACAUAGCGUCUAUUAUAUAUUUAUAUUGUUUACCGGUUAUCAUGAUCUGUAAGGAGAUUAUUUGUUAAUAAUAAAAUUAUUUUAUGAUUUAAUAUUA